CAUGAAUUGUGGCUCUUCAUAUAUCUCGCCUUGUCAAGUGGCUUUUACAGACCCUUAUAGAAAAUGCAGUUGAUUCGUCAAACAGAAUUUAUUGUACUCGGCUUGUUACACUUUACCAAAUCUGCUUUUUCCUCCAGACAAAAGUUAUUUGAACCCUUAUCUCUUAACCACGAGUCUCUUCACUGCGUCAUAACAGGGGCAAAUAGUGGCAUAGGUUAUGCAACUGCAGAAGCACUUGCCAAGGCCUCCUGUAACCUUUAUUUAGUAUGUAGAAAUAGACAAAGAGGAGAGGCUGCUAUAACCAAACUGAAACAAACGUCCGGUAACCAACACAUCUACCUAUACCAAUGUGAUAUGAGUAGUAUGAAACAAGUGAAACAACUUGCGGAACAGUUGAUAUUCGAUCAAAGGCCAGUGAAUGUACUGAUUCACAACGCUGGCUGUAUGGCUCAUCGGUUUCAACUCACAGAAGAAGGUUUCGAAACCAACUUUGUGACCAACGUGUUGAGUGUUUUCUACCUUACAGAGUUACUUCUUCCUACACUGAACAAAAACGGUCCUUCGAGGGUCAUCGUAGUUAGUUCAGGUGGAAUGCUGACUGAACGCUUGGAAACUGAUGACCUACCAAUGAAAAAAGAGCCGUUUGAUGGUAUGAAACAAUAUGCUAGAAAUAAGCGUCAACAAGUUGUGCUAGUAGAGUACUGGUCAACGAAGUAUGUGAAAAUGAACACAAGUUUCUUUUCUAUGCAUCCUGGCUGGGUAAACACACCAGUUGUACAAGAAUCAAUGCCUCAGUUUUAUAAGACUAUGAAGAGUCACCUAAGAACUCCUGAACAAGGAGCAGACACCGUUGUUUGGCUUGCAUGUAGUUCAAGUGUUCGAAAGGAAGAUUCUGGAAACUUUUUUUUAGAUCGCUCAAAGGUUGAAAAGCAUUUGCCGUUGGCACGUACUCACUAUUCCAAACAAGAUAUGGAAAGACUAUAUUGCGUAUUACAGGAUUUAGUAACUUCCUUUGAAAACACUCAAAAUGAUGAAAAAUAAGGCUCAUUUAAUUUGCAAAAGUAAAUAACGUCGCAGUAUUUCAUAAUCUA